AUGACCGAUGUUGAUCAGGAACCCAUACUAAAUGGGAACUUAAAUCAUGAUGAAUCUUUUACAAAUUUGGAAAAUGUUGAUAUUUCUAAUUUUACUGAAUUUUUACUUGAUAUGAUUGGCAUUCUUCUUAAUAGCAAAGAUGAAAAUAUGCCACAAAUUUUAACAGCAAUUGAACAGUCAGAUGAAAUUAUUCGUAGAUUUAUUUGUUCUGUACAUCAAUCUGUUUUAGUUGUUAAUAGAACUGUUCAUAAAGAAAAUGAUAGAGAUGAUGAGGAAAAAGUUACCGUUGCUUUUUCUAUUGCCUCAGAAGUUGUAUUUAUUGGAGAAAAAACUUCAACUAUUGUUUUUAUUAAAAAAGGACCUGUAAUUGAUACUGAAAAACCAAUCGCUGAACAAGUACGAGUCAAUACUGUUUCUGAUGGAAAUCCUUAUGAAACAUUAUUAGUUAAUAUUUCAAAAAUAACAACACCAUUUUUUAAAUCAUUUAUUAAUGAAGCUCGAAGAGGUGAAAGAGAUAGUGGAGAUAAGUUUGCUCCAACGGUGGAAAAAAAUUUAAGUGAAGUUGAAGUUGCUUUACUUCACUUAAAACAGAAUAUUGAGAUUCCUGACAUUGAUCUUGUUAUUGAUCCAGUUAUUGCUGAAGUCGUUAGUAAAGCUCGGUCACAAUUACGGAAGGCUACUGUUGCUGAUUUACAAGAUAAAAUUUCUGACACAAAUUUUCUUAAUCAACUUCAAAAUGGUGUUAAUAGGUGGAUAAAAGAAAUUCAAAAAGUUACAAAACUUGAUCGUGAUCCAGCUUCUGGUACUUCAUUGCAAGAAACAGCUUUUUGGCUUAAUAUGGAACGAGCUCUUCUUAAAGUUAAUCAAAAAAGAGAAAGUGAGGAAGUUGUAUUGACCCUUGAAGCACUAAAAAGUGGUAAGAGAUUUCAUGCUACCGUUUCAUUUGAUGCUGAUACUGGAUUAAAAGAACGUUUGGCUCUUGUUAGUGAUUAUAAUAUGAUUAUGAAAGAUUUACCAUUAAAUGAUUUAAUGAGUUCUAUGGAUUUAAGUAGUAUUAACAGUGCACUACAGUCUAUCUUUAAUCAAUUUAAAAAAUUCAGGAACUCAAAGUAUCCAAUUAGUCGUGCUUAUAAGCUUGUUGAAGUUAUUUCACGAGAUUUGGAUAUGCAAAUGAGGAAAGUACUUAGUAAUAGUUCAUUUAUGCAUAUGAAAUUCUCGGAUGUUGAGUAUACUUACAAUGAAUGUCAGAAAAUUUUUACAACAUGGGAAGAAGAGUGUGCUAGAAUAAUGUCUAUUUUGAGGGAUGCUUCAAAGAAGAAAAGAGAAGAUGGAACAACACAUGCUAAAAGUUACCUUCGUGUUAAUCCACCUCAUAAAAAAUUAGAAAUGAGGAUAGCUGAGAUAAAAAAAAUAAGAACACAGCAUGAACAAUUAAGAAAUGUUGUUAAUAGAGUCUUAAGAUAUCAAUCUGAUAAACUGGGAAAUAUGUUUGUCUAUUCAAAUGAUGAAAAUAAAGCUCCAUCUACAGAUUCAACAAAUGAAAAUGGUGUUUUGAAGCAAAUUGAUUUUGCAUAUGAAACAAUAAAAAAUGUUGAUGCCAUCGACACAACUGAGCAUGGUUCAGAAAGAUGGUUUGAAGCAAUUAAACAUUACGAAGAAAUAAUUGAUAGAGUUGAAACUCAAAUUGCAAGUAAACUUUGUGAUCAAUUAAAUCGUGCAAAAGAUGCUUCAGAGAUGUUUGGAAUUUUUUCAAAUUACAAUGCUCUUUUUAUCAGACCUGCUAUUCGUGGUGCCAUAAAGCAAUAUCAAGAUAAACUUAUUGAACGUGUAAAAGCUGAUAUUCAAGAAUUAAAACAUAGAUAUGGUAGUAAGUUAGCUGAACAAAGAGCUACUUUCAUCGCAAUGACUAUGUAUCUACCGACAUGUGCUGCCAAAAUUCUUUGGGUUCGCCAAAUUGACAGGCAAAUUCAAAUGUUAAUGAAGAAAGUUGAAAAUGUUCUUGGACAAUCUGCUGAUAAUCACACAGGUGGAAAAACAUUAAAAACUGAAUGUCAAAAUUUUAGACAACUUUUGAAUUGUGAGGAAAUAUUUAAUGAGUAUAUUGAAUCUGUUAAAGAUAAAGAUUUAUCACCAGCUGGUGAAAAAUUAUAUACAGUUGAAAACAGAAAAACACCUGACAGCAAAAUUGAAAGUAUUUUGAAAGUAAAUUUUAGUACAGAUGUUAUAACUGUUGUAAAUGAAAUACGUAAUUUGAAACAUAUGAACUUUAGAAUUCCAUUAAAAAUUGCUUCAAUGACUCAUCAAGUGUAUCUUGUUUAUCCUUUUGCUGUUUCUAUCAUUGAUUCUAUUCGUACAUAUCAUAGUGUAAAUUUAAAGGUAUCAUCUAAACCUUCCAUUGCUCUUUUGGUUGCUACAUAUAAAAAUGAGAUUCAUAGUUUAAUUGAGGAAGGAUCUGCUUUGACAUGGGAUUCAUACAAAAUUGAACCUUAUGCUCAAAAAUUAAGUGAAGUAAUAACUAAAUACAAUGAAAAAGUAGAUGAACUACUUAACGUUGUUUCACAAAUAGAAAUUAGUCUUGAUCAUCUAUCAAUUUGUGCAUAUGAAGUAAAACAAUUCACUAGUCUUCUCAACGAUAUUCAAAAAGGUAUAGAUUUACUAACAUUAGGAAGUUAUUCAAAUUUAAAACAUUGGGUUGCUAAAAUUGAUGAAGAUAUUGAAAAUAGACUUGCUUAUCGUGUUGAAGAUGCUAUUAAUUUGUGGGAUUUAGUUCUUCGUCAAUCUCGUGAAGACAUUGAAGAUGCCAGAGAGGCAAGUAAAUUGAUUCCAGAAAUUAUGCCAAUAGAACUUGAAUUACGAUUAACUUCUCAAGUUAUGCAAGUUUAUCCUUCAUUAGAACAAUGUAAAGCUAAUUUAUAUGAUCAAUUAUAUAAAUGGCAAUCAGUUAUAAUCGGUCAACAAAGAAUCACAUCAAAUAAAUAUACAGUAAUGUUGGAACAUGAUACUGAUGAUGAUGGUACUUAUCGUCACGUUUUGAAAAAAAUGCCAAAUAGGAUGACUGUUUUGAUAAAUGUUUACAAGACAAUUGAUAAAGUUAUAGCAAAUGCUUCAAAACAUAUCGGUGAAUGGAUGAGAUAUCAAGGACUUUGGGAUAUGCAACCUGAUGUAUUAUUUGAACAACUUGGAAAAGAUUUAUCUAAAUGGAUGGAAGCUUUGGUUGACAUUAAAAAAUCACGUCAUCAAGUUGAUUCACAAGAUCCUAAAUGUGAAGAAAAUUGUUUUAUUUUCGAUCAUACAAAAGUUCAACCAAAAGUUUCUAUGAAAUAUGACUUUUGGCAUAGAGAAGUUAUUAGAAAGUUUGGAAGUAUUUUAGGAAAAGAGAUGCAAGAUUUCUUUGAUGAAAUUCAUAAAUGGAGAAUUGAUCUAGAAAGUCAAUCUGUUGAUACAGGUACAACAAGUGAUGCUGUUCAACUUAUUACAUAUGUUCAGAAAUUGAAAAAAGAAGCUAAACGUUGCAAGGAUACUGUUGAACGUUUACAACAUGGACAAAGACUUCUUGUACAACAAAGAUUUUCGUUCCCAUCAGCUUGGUUGUAUGUAGAACAAGUCGAAGGUGAAUAUCAAGCACUUAAUGAUAUUUUAUUCCGAAAAGAUAAUGCUAUUCAAACACAAGUUGUUCAUCUUCAAUCAAAAAUUAGAGAAGAAGAUGAAUUGGUUGAGAAAAGAAUUGAGGAUGUUCUUGAAGAAUGGAACAAAACUAAACCUAUUCAUGGUUCUCAAAAACCAAGUGAAGCUCUUGAAAAUUUGGCUACAUAUGAAACAAAAUUAAACAAAUUAAGAGAGGAAAGAGAAAAUAUGGUAAAAGCAAAAGCUGCAUUAGAAAUUACAUCUAGUGCAAAAAUGAGUGCUAUUCCAAAUGGUUUGGAUGUCACAAUGGAAGAAUUAAAUGAUUUAAAGAAUGUCUGGAAAUCUCUUGCACCAAUAUAUGAAACUGUUGAUGAGAUGAAAGAAAAGACUUGGUUGUCUGUACAACCACGUAAAAUUAGGCAAAGUUUAGAUGAUAUACUUGAAAAGAUGAAACAAUUACCUUCUCAAUUUCGUUCAUAUGAAACAUAUGACUAUGCCAAAAAAUCUUUGCAAAAUUAUACAAAAGUUAAUUUAAUUGUAGCUGAUCUUAAAUCAGAUGCCUUAAAAGAUCGUCAUUGGAAACAACUUAUGAAAGAAUUAAAAGUUAAUUGGAAUAUACAAGAUCUUACUCUUGGUCAAGUAUGGGAUGUUGAUUUAUUAAAACAUGAAAGUGUUAUUAAACAAAUAUUGCUUGUUGCUCAAGGUGAAAUGGCAUUGGAAGAAUUUUUGAAACAAGUUCGUGAAUUUUGGCAAGAUUUUGAAGUUGAAUUAAUCAAUUACCAAAAUAAAACUAAACUUAUUAAAGGAUGGGAUGAUUUAUUUAAUAAAUUGAAGGAGCACAUGAAUUCUCUUGCUGCUAUGAAAUUAUCACCAUACUACAAACAAUUUGAAGAAGAUUCAUUAUCAUGGGAGGAAAAAUUAAAUAAAAUUAAUGCCUUGUUUGAUGUUUGGAUAGAUGUUCAACGAAGAUGGGUUUACUUGGAUGGAUUAUUUAGUGGUAGCGCUGAUAUUGCUUCAUUAUUACCAAUUGAAAGUGGCCGUUUUGGAAAUGUUUCGACUGAAUUUUUAGCUUUAAUGAGAAAAGUUUCGCAAUCUCCACGUAUUUUGGAUGUUGUUCAUAUACAAGGUUCACAAAGACUUCUUGAAAGACUUGCUGAUAUGCUUGCUAAGAUUCAAAAAGCUUUAGGAGAAUACUUAGAAAGAGAACGUUCCUCAUUCCCUAGAUUUUACUUUGUUGGAGAUGAAGAUUUAUUAGAAAUUAUGGGUAAUAGUAAAGAUAUUACACGUUUACAAAAACAUUUGAAGAAAAUGUUUGCUGGUAUUAUGUCCAUAGAUUACAAUGAAGAAACAAAAUUAAUUACAUCUCUUAGUAGUAGAGAAGGAGAAAUUGUUGAACUUCUUUUACCAAUUGAUUUAAAUGCUUAUAAAAAAAUUAAUGAUUGGUUAACUGCUUUAGAAAAAGAAAUGCAACACACAUUAGCAAUGUUAUUUGCUCGUUCAGUAGCUGAUUUCUCUAAAAUUGAUAUUAAUGCACCUGAUUCUACUCCAUAUAUGAAUUGGCUUGAUACAUAUCCUGCUCAAAUUAUUGGUAUUAGUGUUGAAGCUUGGUUUACAACAUCUAUUGAAAAACAGUUUAUGCAAGGAAAAGAUGCUAAGAGUGUUCUAGAUGAUGUAGAAGCAACCUUAUCUGUUCUUUCAGAUGGUGUUUUACGUGAACAACCACCAAUUAGAAGAAAGAAAAUUGAAUUAUUAAUUACAGAAUUUGUCCACAAAAGAGAUAUUGUUAGAAAUUUGUAUGAGAAAAAAAUUAAUAGUAUACAUAACUUUGAAUGGCUUAAAGUUAUGAGGUUUUACCUUGAUAACACUACUACAGAUGCUUCAAAAAUGUGUCUUGUUCGUAUGGCUAAUGCUGAAUUUAAUUAUGGAUUUGAAUAUCUUGGAAUUCAAGAAAAACUUGUUCAAACUCCACUUACUGAUCGUUGUUAUCUUACUAUGACUCAAGCACUUCAUUCACGUCUCGGAGGAUCACCAUUUGGUCCUGCUGGUACAGGUAAAACAGAAUCUGUCAAAGCAUUAGGUCAUCAACUUGGAAGAUUUGUUCUUGUUUUCAAUUGUGAUGAAACAUUUGAUUUCCAAGCUAUUGGUAGAAUUUUAGUUGGUCUAUGUCAAGUUGGUGCUUGGGGUUGUUUUGAUGAAUUUAAUAGACUUGAAGAAAAAAUGUUAUCUGCAGUUUCUCAACAAAUUCAAACUAUUCAAGAAGCUGUUAAAGCGGGUGGUGAUACAAAAGUUGAUCUUGUUGGAAAGAAUUUAUCUGUUAAUCCUAAUAUGGCAAUAUUUAUUACAAUGAAUCCUGGAUACUCUGGAAGAUCUAAUCUUCCUGAUAACUUGAAACAAUUGUUCCGUUCAUUGGCUAUGACACAACCAGAUAGAAAUCUUAUUGCAGAAGUUAUGUUGUUUUCUCAAGGUUUUAGAACUGCAGAAACUCUUGCCAAAAAAAUUGUACCUCUUUUUAUACUUUGCAAAGAACAAUUAUCAAAUCAAUCUCACUAUGACUUUGGACUUCGUGCAUUGAAAUAUGUUUUAGUUUCAGCUGGAAAUUUGAAGAGAGAUGAAAUUUUAAGAUUAAAACAAGAAGCAUUAUCUAAAGGAAAAGAACUUAGUGAAAAUGAUUUAGCUAAUAUUAAAGCUGAACAACAAAUUUUGAUACAAUCUGUUUGUGAAACUUUGUUACCAAAAUUAGUUUCAGAAGAUAUGACAUUACUUUCAUCUUUACUACAAGAUGUCUUUCCUGAUGUUCAAUAUAUUCCAAAACGUCUUGAUGAACUUCGUAAUGAAAUUUGUAAUUAUUGUGAACAACAUAUGUUAUGUUAUUCUACAGUUUCUGGUGAACGUGGUGCAAUGUGGUUGGAUAAAGUAAUGCAAUUAUAUCAAAUAACAAAUCUUAAUCAUGGUCUUAUGCUUGUUGGUCCUUCUGGAACUGGAAAAUCAACUGCUUGGAAAGUUCUUCUUAAGGCUUUAGAAAGAUAUGAAAAAGUUGAAGGUGUUUCACAUAUUAUUGAUGCUAAGGCUAUGAGUAAAGAUGAUUUAUUUGGAUAUAUGGAUCAAAAUACUCGUGAAUGGAGUGAUGGAUUAUUUACACACAUAAUCAGAAAGAUAAUAGAUAAUGUUCGUGGAGAAAAUUCUAAAAGACAAUGGAUUAUUUUUGAUGGUGAUGUUGAUCCUGAAUGGGUUGAAAAUCUUAACUCUGUUCUUGAUGAUAAUAAAUUACUCACAUUACCAAAUGGUGAACGUUUAUCUAUUCCCUCAAAUGUUAGAAUUAUAUUUGAAGUUUCUGAUUUAAAGUAUGCAACAUUAGCUACUGUAUCUCGUUGUGGUAUGAUUUGGUUCCCAGAAGAAGUAAUAAAUGAAGAUAUGUUAUAUGAUUCAUAUCUUAAUAAACUUAGAAAUCAAAGACUUGAUAUUGAAUCAAAUGGAUUCUCAUCAGAUAGCAAUGAUUUCUUAUCUUAUAGUGCACAACAAACAACUCAAACGGCUGAAACUAUUUCUAUGGAAACAUCAAUGCAAAGUGCUUCAAUGAUUACAAGUACUUUUGGAAAUAUUUCUUCAAGUGUCACUUCACCAUCUGAUACUAUUACAAAUAGAGUAUUAGAGAUUCAAAGAAUUUGCGCUAAUAUUCUCAAUAAACAUUUAAGAGGUGAUGGAAUUGUAGGUUCAACACUUGAUUAUGCUUUAGAAAACAUUGAUCAUAUUAUGGAAGCAACUUCACAAAGAUUAGUUUUAUCAUUCUUUUCAAUGAUGAAUUUUUCAAUUAAACAAUUGUUAGAAUAUGACACUAAUCAUCAAGAUUUUCCACUUACAAAUGAACAAAUUGAAUCAUAUAUUGAAAAAACUAUGGCAGUCAACUUAGUUUGGUCAAUGUCAGGUGAUGGAAAAUGGAAGAGCAGAAAAGAAAUAAGUGAUUUUGUUAGAAGAUCUUCUACCUUCCCAAUGCCAAUAGAUGAUGAAUAUCCAAUAAUAGACUUUGAAGUUACUAUUACUGGUGAAUGGCAACCUUGGUCAUCAAGAGUUCCAAAGAUUGAAAUUGAAUCUAAUCGUGUUGCUGCAUCUGAUCUUGUAAUUCCUACAAUGGAUACAGUUCGUCAUGAAUAUUUGUUAAAGAUAUGGUUGUCAGAAAGAAAACCAUUGGUACUAUGUGGUCCACCAGGUUCUGGUAAGACAAUGACUCUUCUUGCAGCUCUUCGUUCACAGCAAGAUAUGGAUGUUAUUAAUGUUAACUUCUCUUCUUCUACUACACCAGAAUUAUUAAUGAAGACAUUUGAUCAUUAUUGUGAAUAUAAACGAACACCAAAUGGAGUUGUUUUGGCUCCUGUUCAAAUGUCAAGAUGGCUUGUUAUUUUCUGUGAUGAAAUAAAUCUUCCAACUCCUGAUAAAUAUGGAACACAAAGAGUUAUUUCUUUCUUAAGACAACUAGUUGAACAGAAUGGUUUUUAUCGUACAUCUGAUCAUGCUUGGGUUUCUCUUGAAAGAAUUCAAUUUGUUGGAGCAUGUAAUCCACCAACUGAUCCAGGAAGACAUCCUUUAACUCUUCGUUUCCUUCGUCAUGUACCAAUUGUUUAUGUUGAUUAUCCAGGAAGAACAUCUCUUAUUCAAAUUUAUGGAACUUCAUCAAGAGCUAUGCUUCGUAUGAUAACAUCACUUCGUGGUUGUGCUGAUGCAUUGACAAAUGCUAUGGUUGAUGUUUAUCUUGCUUCACAAGAACACUUUACUCAAGAUGAUCAACCACAUUAUGUUUAUUCACCACGUGAACUUACAAGGUGGGUACGUGGUAUUAAUGAAGCUCUUAUUCCUCAAGAUUCAUGUACUGUUGAAGGAUUGGUUAGACUUUGGGCUCAUGAAGCAUUAAGAUUAUUCCAAGAUAGAUUAGUACAUGACCAAGAAAGAGAAUGGACAGAUAAUUUAAUUGAUGAGACAGCUGCUAGAUAUUUCCAAGGAAAUUGUAAUAUUAAAGAAGCUCUUCAAAGACCAAUGUUAUAUUCUAAUUGGUUGACAAAACAUUACUCACCUGUUACUCAACAAGAUUUACAACAAUAUGUUCAAGCAAGACUUAAGACAUUCUAUGAAGAAGAAUUAGAUGUUAAAUUAGUUCCAUUUGAUCAAAUGCUUGAUCAUGUUCUUAGAAUUGAUAGAAUUUACCGUCAACCACAAGGACAUCUUCUUCUUAUUGGUGUUUCUGGUUCUGGAAAAACAACUCUAUCAAGAUUUGUUGCAUGGCUUAAUGGUUUAUCUAUUGUUCAAUUGAAAGUUCAUUCAAAAUAUAGUGGAACUGAUUUUGAUGAAGACAUUAAAGCUGUUUUAAGAAGAGCAGGUUGUAAAAAUGAAAGGAUUUGUUUCAUUAUGGAUGAAUCAAAUAUGCUUGACACAGGAUUUCUUGAAAGAUUAAAUACACUUCUUGCUAAUGGAGAAGUACCAGGAUUAUUUGAAGGUGAUGAAUAUACAACUCUCAUGAGUCAAAUAAAAGAAGGAGCACAACGUCAAGGAUUAAUGCUUGAUUCUGGAGAUGAAUUAUAUAAAUGGUUUACCUCACAAAUUAUCAAAAAUUUGCACAUUGUAUUUACAAUGAAUCCAAGUGGUGAUGGUCUUCGUGAAAAAGCAUCAACAUCUCCUGCUUUGUUUAAUCGUUGUGUUAUUAAUUGGUAUGGAGAUUGGUCUAAUACAGCACUUUAUCAAGUUGGGUCAGAACUUACAAAUAUUCUUGAUAUUGAUCAAGAUAAUUAUAGUACACCUAUUACAUUUGAACCAUGUUGUUCUCUUAUUCCAGAAAAAAUUUCUUAUCGACAUGCGGUUAUCAAUUCAUUUGUUCAAUGUCAUAAUAGUGUUGGUAAAACUAACAUUUCAGAAACGAAAAAAGGACAUCCAAUGAUGCCUAUAACACCAAGACACUACCUUGAUUUCAUUAAACAUUUCCAAAAUCUAUUCCAUGAAAAACGACGUGAAUUGGAAGAAGAAAAAGUUCAUCUUAAUAUUGGUUUAAGUAAAAUUAAAGAGACUGAAGAACAAGUUUCUGAAUUACAAAAGAGUUUACAAUUAAAAGGCAAAGAACUUGAGGAUAAAAAAGUUGCUGCUAAUGCAAAAUUAAAGGAAAUGCUUUUAGAUCAACAGAAGGCUCAAGAUGAAAAAAUUACCUCUGAAAAAUUACAGAAAGAACUUGCUGAUGCAUUAGUUCAAAUUGGUUCUAAGAGAGAAAUUGUUCAAAAAGAUCUUGCUCAAGUUGAACCAGCUGUUGAAGAGGCUAAACAAGCUGUAAAAGGUAUCAAGAAAACACAACUUGUUGAGUUAAGAAGUAUGCUUUCGCCACCAAAUCCAGUUAAAUUAGCUUUAGAAUCUAUUUGUAUGCUUCUCAAAGAAUCUGUCACAUCUGACUGGAAGACUAUUCGUAGUGUUGUUGUUAGGGAUGAUUUUAUUAAUAAAAUAUUAACAUUUAACACAGAUCAAAUUAGUUUUAGUACACUUGAAACAAUGAGAAAAUAUACUGAAAAUCCAGAAUUUGACUAUGAAAAAGUCAAUCGUGCUUCUGUAGCUUGUGGUCCACUUCUUAAAUGGGUAAAAGCUCAAUUACUUUACUCUGAAAUGCUUAAUAAAGUUGGUCCAUUAAGAAAUGAAUUAAUGAGAUUAGAGAAAGAUGCUGAAUUAAAAACUAAGAAAGGUGAAGAAGUAAAACAAACAAUUGUAGAAUUAGAACAAAGAAUAGCUGCUUAUAAGGAAGAAUAUGCUGUUCUUAUUGGUCAAGGAGAAACUAUUAAAGCAGACUUAGCUACAGUUAAAGAAAAAGUACAACGAUCAAUUGAUUUACUUGGUAGUUUACGUAGUGAAUAUGAUCGCUGGAGUAGAAGUUGUGAUGGUUUUUCACAUCAAAUGGAAACUCUUAUUGGAGAUACAUUACUUUCAGCAGCAUUUUUAGCCUAUUCUGGUUAUUAUGAUCAAAGAUUACGUGAUGAAUUAUUCAAUAGAUGGUUUGUAAAUCUCCAACAAAAUGGUGUUAAAUUUAGAAAUGAAAUUUCAAGAAUUGAAUAUUUAUCUAAUGUUGAUGAUAGAUUACAAUGGAAUAAUAAUGGACUUCCUAAGGAUGAAUUAUGUACAGAAAAUUCAAUUAUGUUACAUAGAUUCAAUAGAUUCCCUCUUAUUAUUGAUCCUAGUGGACAAGCCAUGGACUUUAUGCUUCGUCAAUUUGCUAAUAAAAAUAUUAUUAAAACAAGUUUCCUUGAUGAUUCUUUCAAAAAGAAUCUUGAAUCUGCACUUCGCUUUGGUAAUACAUUACUUGUACAAGAUGUAGAAUCAUAUGAUCCAGUAUUAAAUCCUGUUCUUAAUAGGGAAGUUAAAAAAACUGGUGGGCGUAUACUUAUUACAAUUGGUGAUCAAGAUAUUGAUUUAUCUCCAGCUUUCCAAAUAUAUUUAAUUACCAGAGAUGCAUCUGUACAAUUUUCUCCAGAUGUAUGCUCUAGGGUUACUUUUGUUAACUUUACCAUUACUCGUGGUUCAUUAGAAACUCAAUGUCUCAAUCAAGUUCUUAAAUCAGAAAGACCUGAUAUAGAUGAGAAGAGAAGUGAUUUAUUAAAAUUACAAGGAGAAUUUGCCGUCAGACUUCGUCAACUUGAGAAAGCUUUAUUAUCAGCAUUAAAUGAAAGUAAAGGUAAAAUUUUGGACGACAACAGCGUUAUUUCUACAUUAGAAAAAUUGAAAAAAGAGGCACAAGAAGUUGCUAAGAAAGCUGCUGAAACUGAUCAAGUUAUGAUGGAAGUUGAAUUAGCAUCACAAAAAUAUGUUAGACUUGCUCAUGCUUGUUCUCUCAUCUACCUCAUGCUUCAUCAAUUGGAAGAAGUUCAUUUCCUAUAUCAUUAUUCUCUUGAUUUCUUAUUAGAUAUCUUUACUGUUGCUUUACAUUCACCUCAACUUAAAGGUGUUGAAGAUUAUGGUGUUAGAUUAUCAAUAAUUACAACAAAUCUUUUCCAAAUUGUAUAUAAACGUGUUUCACUUGGUAUGCUUCAUGUUGAUAAAGUUGUUUUAGCUAUUCUUCUUCUUCGAAUUUACCUUAAAGGUGAAGCUAAAGAAUUAUCAUAUGAACCUCAAUUUGAUCAUUUACUUUUUGGAUCAGAUUUAAUUGGAUCAGAAUCUUCAAAAUUAAAGGCUGAUGUAAGUGAAGCAUUAAAGAAACUUCCUUUCUUAAGUCAUCAACAAAUUGUUUCAUUAAUUAAACUUACAACUGUACCUGGUUUUAAAAAUAUUAUUAGUAAAAUUGAAUCAAUACCUGAUUUCAAAGAUUGGCUUAAAUCUGAUAAUCCAGAAACAUCAACACCAGAAGUUUAUGAAACAGCAGAACCAUUAACUGAUAUUGGAAAAGCAGUAUAUAAUCUUUUACUAAUUCAUGCAAUGAGACCAGAUCGUGUAGUGGCUUCUUCGCAUUUAUUAGUUUGUUCAGGAUUUGGUAGUGAAUUCAUGCAACAAGAUAAAGUUGUUAAUUUAAGAGAAAUUGUAGAAAAUGAAGUACAAUGUAAAGUUCCAAUUCUUUUAUGUUCUGCUGUUGGUUUUGACGCAUCAGGUAAAGUUGAAGAUCUUGCAGUUGAGAUGAAUCGUGAAGUAACAUCAAUUGCCAUUGGAUCAUCUGAAGGUUUCAAUCAAGCUGAUGCUGCAUUAAAUUCUUCUAGUAAAACUGGAAAAUGGAUUCUUCUCAAAAAUGUUCAUCUAGCUCCUUCAUGGUUAGCACAACUUGAGAAAAAAUUACAUACAUUAAGACCACAUCCAAACUUCAGACUUUUAUUGACUGCUGAAAUACAUCCAAAACUUCCAAUUUCUGUUGUAAAAGCAUCACGUGUUUUAGUAUAUGAACCAGCAUCUGGAUUAAAAGCUAACUUAUUACGUAGUUUAUCAUCUAUUUCUGGGUCAAGAAUUUCUAAAUUACCACAUGAACGUUCUCGUUUAUAUUUCCUUGUUUGUUGGCUUCAUUCUAUUGUUCAGGAACGUCUUCGUUAUACUCCUCUUGGAUGGGCUAAUACAUAUGAAUUUUCAGAUGCAGAUCUUCGUGUUGCUUGUGACACAUUAGAUGCUGCUGUAGAUAUUAAUGCAGCUAAACGAAGUAAUGUUGAUCCUGAAAAAUUACCUUGGUCAACUUUACAAACAUUACUUUCACAAUGUAUAUAUGGUGGUAAAAUUGAUAAUAAAUUUGAUCAGAAAUUAUUAGAUUGCUUUAUUAAUAAACUAUUUACAUCAAAAUCAUUUGGAAAUGAUUAUGUUUUAAUAAAAAAUAUGGAUGGAAAGAAUUCAUUAACAAUUCCUGAAACAAAUACAAAAGAUGGUUUUGUUAGUUGGGUUUCAGGUUUAUCUCCAACACAAAUGCCUUCAUGGAUUGGUUUACCUAAUAAUGCAGAAAGAGUUCUUCUAACUGAACGAGGACAAUAUACAUUAAAGAAUCUCUUAAAAAUGUCUGGAGAUGAAUUAGCUUAUGAUGAUGAAACUGACAAAAAGAAUGCACCAUCUUGGAUGAUAACAUUAUCUGAACUUGCAACAAAAUGGCUUAAUUUAUUACCAGAAAGUAUUGAUAAACUAAAAAGAAAUAAAGAUAACAUUAAAGAUUCUCUAUUCCGUUUCUUUGAAAGAGAAGUUAAUCUUGGUGCUGCUUUACUUCGUGAUGUUCGUCAUGAUUUAAUUGAAUUAAAAGCUGUAUGUAAAGGAGACAAGAAGCAAGAUAAUAAUAUACGAUCAUUAUCAUCAUCUUUAAAUAGAGGUUUAGUUCCACAAAAUUGGCAACGUUAUGUUCUUCCAAAGAAUGUUACAGUUGCUUCAUGGAUGGCUGACUUUGCAGAACGUAUAUCACAACUUGUAAGAUUAUCAAAAUCAGACAAUUUAAGAAGCGAAGAAAUUUGGCUUGGUGGAAUGUUUGCACCUGAAGCAUAUAUUACUGCAACAAGGCAAAUGGUAGCACAAUCUAAUGGACUUGCUUUAGAACAGCUUAAUAUGCAUGUUAAAGUAGGAAAAGAAAAUAAAACACCGGAUUCAUUCUCAGUUAAAGGGCUUAUAUUUAUUGGUGGAAAAUGUCAACCUCCAAAUAAUGUUAUAAUUUCAGACGACGUAUACAAUGAAAUUGAUACAGUACACAUCUCUUGGUUAUUAGAUAAAUCAAAAACAUUAUCUAUAAAUCUACCUGUUUAUCUUUAUAAUAAUAGAACAAAUCUUUUAUUUACACUUGAUUUUGUACCAGAAAAAGAAAAAGAAUUUGAAUACUACGAAAGAGGUGUAGCUAUUGUUGCUAAUUCUGUUAUUUUUUAA